AAAAACCAUCAAUAAAAAUAUAAUUCUUCAUCUACAACCAGAAAAAUGAAAAAUUAUAAACAUAUAAAUUUAAAUUAAGAAAAAAUAACAUUGGAAAAAUAAGAAGUUAAUGUAAAAUAAAAAAACUGACAAAUAAUAUUAUAAAUAAAAUAAAUUUAUAAGACACAAUCCGCGCGAAGCGCGGAAAAAAUCUCUAGUAACUCUAAUUCUUACUACAUACUUUAUUUCGCAUUCACUGAUAGCAUUGUAAAAAAUGGCAAAAUAGUCUAACAUACAUCGUGAUUCACAUGCAUAUGUGAAUUGAUAUAUGAAUAACAUUAUGUUCCUAAGUUCUCCAGAAAGGCAACAUGGCACACCAUCCAUGAGAUAGCUCCUAUAGUCCAAUAGCAUUCUAUGGUCUGGUUCAAGGAAGAGAUCCCAAAAUGCAUUUUCAUUACAUGGAUGGCAAUGCUAUCGAGAUUACCAACAAAGGACAUGCUAGCUUCUUGGGGUCUUGCUGUCCUUUUGCAGUGUGUUCUAUGCCUAACAGGACAUGAGUUUCAUCCUCACUUAUUCUUCCAAUGUUCCUUUGUGUCUGCGAUCUGGGCUCAUUUAUGUGGACUCUCCAUUCCCACUCCUCCAUCAUUGCUUCAAGCGGUUGCGGGUAUUCUUUCAAGUUAUCAUGUCGUCUCGUCUUUGGGUUACCAGCUGUGAUCAAGCUCUUGCUGCAAUGUAUCAGAUACUGCAUGUGGCGAGAGAGGAACAUGUGCACCUUCCAACAAACGUCAACAACUGAGACUGGAGUCAUUGCGCGUGUUGAUCGCAUAAGGCGUGAUCGACUUAUCUCCAUUCCUCCAUCAUCCGCUUCUUUGCCUUCUCCCCUGCUAGUCUACUUCCGCCUACCGCCUCAUGUUCCUUAGGGUUUUUGAUCUUUUUGAAACUGCUUGCUCUAUCUUAUUUCUUUCUCGUUGUAAUAAGUGGAUUUUCACGAACGUUGUAAAAGAAAAGCUUUGGUAUGAAUUUAACAUUUACACCAAAAAUAUACUAUAACAUUUACACUAAAACAUAAAAAAAUUGUCCUCAUUUCCCUUAGACCCCUAGCUAGUGCUCAAUCACAACUAACUAUUUUUGAAUGUGUAACAGUGUAAGCAUAUCCCCUAUAUAUUAAUAGAGGAACAUUUAAAAAGUUAUAACCUAUAUUUUGUAUUAAUUAAAAAAUUUACUUGCUUACGUGUCAGUUAAUUAAGCUAUUAAUUUUGCUUACGUGUCAGCCUAGAAAUCAAUUGGAAAAUAUGUUUGUCCAAAUCUAAUUGCUAGAGAACGUAUGUAUACGGAAUAUGAAAUAUGAUAUAAUUUUGGAUUAUUUAACCUAUAGUCAUUUAUUUCCAAGUAUACACAAUUACGAUUAUUACCAGUUACCAUAUAGACUACCAUUAACAUAAUUGCGGAGGUAAUAAUAACUAAGACAUUUAAUAUUAUUUAUGUAAUAUAUUAUACAGAUUGCAUCUCAUAUAUUUUGUUCCCAGUAAUAAAUCUAAUAUUAUUCCAUAUUAAUCUUUACAGACUUCUUUCCCAAGAAAUAUAUGUGAUUAUAGAUUCAACGCACAAAUUUCUACAAUGUUAUUGUAGAGGUAAAUGUAAUGUAAUCACAUUUAGAAAGUUCCCUUUAACAAGGUAUAAUAAUUAAUUUAAAAAUAUGAUAUAGUAACAAUAACAUAAGUGUCAAACAAUAUUUACUGUCAAAAUAUAUUUAAUUUGGCAUUUGUGUUCUUUAUCAAAAAAAUAUAUUUACUUCGGUGAUUUCCAGGUAUAGGGAGCAAAAUAAGCAUCUGAUCAAAAAAAAAGGAGCAAAAUAAGCACUACUCUGACCGUCGAUUUUCUCAACAACUGUUAAAAAUUACCUUUCCACGAAAGUUGUGUUAACAGAGUCGUGUUGACAGAGCUGCUUAUGCUUAAUUACAACAAUUGGCAGGACCGUGUCUUAGGAAUGGAAGAUAUAAAUCAAAACUUAUCAAAGAUGUGAUUAUAUUCUUCCGAGUAACCACAAAUAGCAAAGCAUAUAUAUACAUGUAGCUUAUUUAUUUAUAUAAUCUUGAUAUUUAAGAAAUUAAUUUGAAUAAUCGACAUAUGUUUGUCUUAAAUUUAGUAUAUUAUUAAUCAUUUUUCUUUCUUUUUAUGAGAUCUAUAAUAACAAUAAUUUAUUUAACAAUUUUUUUAAUAGUUAAAUAUAAUAGAAAACAUUCUAUUUAAAAAUUAGAGUAAUAUUUAAUAAAUUUAAUUUUUAAUCAUACAAAAUUAAAUUGACAAAAUGUAAUAAAAGAUAAUAUAGUUUAAGUUUUUUGGUACAAAAUUGAAUAACCCAAAAACUGACAAUAUAUAAACUGAACCAAACCAAAUAAAUAUGAUUUUAAUAUUGUAUCUAAUUUUUUUUAAAUCAAAACAUCAAAAAACCGAACCGAGACCAGACAAAAAUUGAAUAAACAAAAAAUCGACAGUAUAAAAACUCAACCAAACCAAAACAUAUAUGAUUUUAAUAUAGUAUCUAAUUUUUAUAAACCAAAAUAUUGAAAAACUGAGCCGAAACCGACCAAAAUCAAGACUGAACAAUCCUAUUUUGAAUAUAUGAUUUUUAUGUAUGUCUCACCCCACGCAAAGCGUGGGUCUCAUUCUAGUUUAAAACAUUAAUUAUGAACAAUACAUGUUGGACCCAAUUUCGGUCAGUAAUCUAAAUGAGCCGAGAAAGAAGUGGACCGCAUGGUCCGAGGCCCAUUUCGUGUGAACGAGUUCGAGAAAGACAAUGAUCUUUUUUAAUAGAUUGAGAAAAAGUGGUGAUACAGUGGAAUGAUCAUUGGAUUGCUGGACUACCUUUUUUGUUAUUAAUUCAAAAUGUAUUUUCAGGAUAUAGGAAAAAUGUAACCAUUUGAGUCACAAAUAUUUGUUGUAGUUUGCUUUGGUAGCAGCUGUAAUAAGAAUCAUAUCAUUACCAAAAGAAUUGCAAGUCUAGCAAAAGGGAAGUAAUUAUAUUUUUGUAGGAAAUAAUAUAUAUUUUAUUCUCUAAAAAGAAGGGUAUCUUAAUCUACCAAAUUUUGCAUCUGAUAGACUUGCAAACUAAAUUUAAGUUCAAUGUAUAGUAAAUUAUAUACCUCAAGGUGUGAUAUGAGUUUCCUACUAUAUAGAAAACAAAAAAAAGUAAAAUUAACUUCCUUUAUACAAUAUUAAUAUACUGAAUUUAUGAUUUUAGUCACAAAAUAGAAAAUGUAAAUAAAAUAUUUUAAUAAAUCUCUAUGUAAAAAAUAGGGAAUGAAAUAAAAAGAAAUGUAUCCAAGAUUUGUUACCAUGUUUAUAGUAAAAUCAAAUGUACACUUUUCUUAUAUGUUAGAGGUAAUUUGAAAAAAACUACAAAAUUCUGCCAACUACAAAUAAGCCUGUAGGGUGAUGAAUUAACAAAUUUGAAACAGUUUUUAUAGCUAAAUCUUUUAUUCAAAAUUAGUAGACAUCAUUUGUUAGGAGAACACAAACAAAAUAAACAAUUAAAGAAACAAAAGCACUGAUAUGAUUUCGGAAAAUUAUAAUUUUGUAAGAUGUAUAUGUGAUAUAAAAACGUAUAAACGCCUUUCUAAUUGUAUAUUAUAGAAAAACAAUGAAAUGAUAGUUUUGAUAAUUUAUUUAUGAUUGUUUGUCAAUAAUCAAAAUGACAUAGAAUUUAUGUGGAUAUAUAUUGAAGAACUAAAGUAAAGCUAAGAGUUUAUAAAGAAAAUGAAUUAACAACAACAUUGUUGUAUAAUAAAUAAUUAUUUAAAGACAUUUAAAUUUCAAAACUUAUACUGUUAGAUAUCUUUAUAACCUCAUUUAUCUAUAUAUGAGCAUAUUAUUAUAUGUGUAACUAUUUAUUAAUACAUUCAUAUGAUUAAUACCUAAAAACUAAACCUUCAAGAAUAUAUUAGAAAAAUGGAUUGAUAGCAUUCCAUUAAUAGGAACUACUACUUAAAAUAGUGAAAAAAUAAUAAAACUCAAUACUUCUAAAUAUUUUUCAUAGAUAUCCAUUUAUCGCUCCACGACAAAUAUUGUAAUACAAAUAGACCUAUUAGUGUGAACCACGUGGAUCAUAAACCUAUUAGCGUGAGCCACGUGAAUGUCUGGAUAUGUCUAAGUUAUCUAACAUAAAAUUAAGAGAUGACAAAGAGAUAUGUAUUAGAUUUUACCAUAAAUUCUUAUAUGUGGGUGUGAGUUAGACAUCCAUGCUUACUCAGUCACUAUAUAUAUUUCCUUCUCUCAUACAAUCAACUCAACAAAAAAGAAACAAAUACCUUACCACCCAAACUGAAAGAACUAGAGCAAUCAUGGAACCAACCAAUGAUGCUCAUGUGACUGUGGAGACUAACGCUAGAGCUACCACCGACGCUAAGCUGUAUCCGUCACCUGAAGUGCUACCCGUUGAGAUUAUUACUGCGAAUCAAACCCAUGACGGAAGAUACAUACAAUACAACAUACUUGAGAAAAUCUUUGAACUCACAGCAAAGUAUAAGCCACCAAUCAUGCCUAUUGGCAGCGGUGCUUAUGGCCUCGUUUGUUCAGCUAUGAACUCGGAGACCGAUGAAAAGGUGGCAAUAAAGAAGAUUGCUCAUGCAUUUGGAAACAAAGUAGCGGCUAAGAGAACUUUAUGUGAAAUCAAGCUUCUUCGUCACUUCGAGCAUGAAAAUAUUAUCGGAAUCAAAGACCUAAUAUUGCCUCCUCGGAGAGAUGCUUUUGAAGAUGUAUACAUUGUACAUGAGUUGAUGGAGUAUGACCUUCAUAAAGUCAUAACAUCCAAACAAGAACUAGAACCACUUCAUUACAAGUUUUUCUUGUACCAAAUCCUGCGUGGAUUAAAGUACAUUCACUCAGCCAAUGUGAUACAUAGAGAUUUAAAACCGGGCAACCUCCUUGUGAACGCGAACUGUGAACUGAAGAUAUGUGAUUUCGGACUUGAUCGUGGUACUUCAGAGAAUAAUGCAAUGACUGAGUAUGUUGUCACAAGGUGGUACUGUGCACCUGAGCUUCUCUUGAACUCAUCUGUGUACACCUCAGCUAUAGAUGUCUGGUCUGUUGGCUGCAUCUUCUUGGAGUUGAUGACUAGCAAAACGGUCUUCCCCGGUAGAGAUCCUAUUCAUCAGCUUCGUUUGAUCUUGGAGCUCCUAGGCUCUCCAUCAGAAGAAGAACUUGGAUCAUUGAGUGAAAAUGCUAAGCUAUACUUAAGGCAGCUUCCUAAUCAUGAUCGCCAAUCAUUCUUUGUGGUAUUCCCAAACGUGCCUUACCCUGCUCUUGACUUGAUAAUGAAGAUGCUAAAGUUUGACCCUAGACAAAGAAUCUCAGUUGAAGACGCACUUGAUCAUCCAUAUCUGAGAGAGAUGCAAGACUUCACUGAUGAACCAGUGUGCAUGACCCCCUUCAACUUCGAUUUAGAGGAACAGACAUUCACAGAGGGGGAGAUUAAGGAGUUAAUCUACCGUGAAGCCUUAGCUUUCAGCCCUUAACCAACAGCAGUUGAAAACGAACAUUGACUUUGCCUUGGAAGCAAUUCAUGAAAAAAUCGUCAUCAGUCUUCUCAACUCAUAAAAUAUUUCUAUGUAUUAAGAUAUUGUGCUAGAUAUCCGAAAUAAACUAUAUUUGGUAUUGUAAGAUUAUAUAAUAUUUACCUCAAUGAACUAGAGAGAGAAAACACACAGUAACCAACUGAUAAUGCAGGAUACUGAAAAUGUUUAAGAAAAAUGAGAUUAUGCAAAAACAAGAUGUUAGAGAUACUUCAAAUCCUCAACAAAGAUAUAGAUGUAAGAGAGAAGAAAGAAACAUUAUUUCAAUUUGAAUAUUAAAAAAAGUGUGUAAGAUGAAAUUGACAACAACCAUAGCAAGCUUAUGAACACUAAGUCUCAAUCUAACUUAAAACAUGAUUAUGAUCAUGAAAUAUAUGAAUUAUGAUCAAAGGUUGGUGUCUCUGUUUAACUUAAAACAUGAUUAUGAUCAAAGGUUGGUGUCUCUGUUUUAAAUGAUUUGGGGAACAUAAUCUCACCUAGAUAAAUCAGUUUAUCACUACUACAAACUCAUUGACAGAAACAUUGUGACGUGGGAGCUUAUACAGAACCCAUACAUGAACCAUUUUACUACCAUCCGGUGACCACACACAUUUCCACAAGGACGCAUAACUCAUAACCCAUACAGAGAGCUUACAGUCCAUAGCAUUAGUGAGAAGAUAAGACCCGUCUGGACUUAAGGCUCAUACCAGUUAUCAGCUGCAUCUGAGAAACUCACGGCUGUGAUUUGAUAUUUGUCAGGGAAUGCUUGUAUGGCUCCUCUCUGACGCAUGUCAAGGUAUAAAAGCGCCACCAUUAUUCAUAAUAAAACCUCUGCUUAUUCUUAACAAAGAUUGUUUCUUCCUCUUCUUCUUUAAGGUUGUCGUUUGCAUCGGUGAAACUUGGAGCUCAAGCUUUCUCAUGGACUGCAGGAAAACUUGAGACAAAUGGUGUUUCCCUCUUUAUUUCACCUUCUUCCUGAGAUGUUCGAAGCCAGGCUUUUCAGGCUGCUGCAAUGCAUGAAGGUCAGCUCUCUGAUUAAUCUUCUGAAGAUCUCCUAGUUGCACCAUCAUCACUAGUUUGGACAACGUUGAUGUCUCAGAAGCGUUAAAAAGGCUCCCACUUAUAGCUGCCAAGAACUACUUUACUCCUCUCGCGGAACCGUUAAUGUUCAACAUUGUGACGCAAAAGAAAAGUGUAACUCAAUUCAAGCAUCAUUAACAUUCUCUGUUCUUGAGGAUUGUUUUGAAACUCUUAGAACUUAUUGGGUCAAAAGCUGGAUCAUAUAGAUGUUAAAUGUUAAAAGUAAGAAUCUAUUAAUAAUUUCCCAUAAAUCAACUUAGACUUUUGACCCGGUUAUGAUAAACCGUAAUUUGUAUACUCAGCGCUCUGUUAGACGCAUUGUUUUCGGCUUUAGACCGAAAUAAAGAUAACAAUUCUUACUACAUAAUUUAAUUAGCAUUCACUAAUAACAUUGUAAAAAAU